AUGGUAUCCGUUCUCAAAGCCUUCUUCACAUCAGAGCUUGCGGUGCUGAAGGAAGAACUGGGCACACUGACAGGUCGGAUAAGAGUCACGGAGGACGAAGUUCACAAUCUGCGGGUCAAACAAGACUACACAACAAAACAAGUGCUGGAGAUCUCCACCAAGUACGAACAACUGAACACACAAGUCGGACAACUAGAGGACUCAGCACACCAGAGUAAUCUGAAGGUGAACUGCCGCAAUUUAUCCGAAGGCUGUUCUCUGCUUUAUUACCGCCAAAACAGGCCAAGGGACUGUCACUUGAUGGACUAUUCCGCAUACCAGCGCAACCCUGCAAUAACCACACUAAAGCUAGAGAAGUCAUCUUGUGCUUUUAAUCUCACACCGACAAAGAGAGCGUCCCGCAGGCGACUAGAGGACAAAACCCAUACACCUUCGAAACACACUCCCUGA